CUCUUAAAAGUAUUCUUCCUUCUAUGCUAUGAUCCUUGCAACUUGUGCUCAUGACUUUUUAUAGGUUCAUAAAUCACCAUUUCACCAUUCUUUAGUUGAGAAUUUCAUACUACUACUAUUUAUUUUCCAUUACUAAGGUGUCUUAUCAAUUCAUGAAGUUCAUCCAAAACUAGGAGAAUGCAGCUUGGUCCGCAUUAUCAUCUAGUGCAACAGAAGAAGGAGAGUCAUAUACCAGAGCAUUUCCAAUGGAGGAUGUCCCGGCGGACGUCGGACCGCCGUGCGGGAAGUCCACACUGGACAUUUGCCAUUAGGCACAGGGGCGGCGGGCACGGACGUCCGCUGCGGACACCUCUCAUCCGCGGCUUUCUGCCGACGUCCGCCAUUGCGUCGCCGACGCGGACAUCCGUCCUUGGGGAUGUCUGCAAUUGUGCAGUGAGAGAUCCUUAUGACGUGGCAGGAGGUGUUUUUAGGAAGUACGUCGGAAAGUCCAAUAGGACAUCCGUCCCAUUGGAGAUGCUUAGUACUCCAUCUUUUGAGAAAAUUCUAGAGGCGCUUAUACUUGUUGUGGCGACAAUUUUCCACGAAUCUCUUUUGAUUACUUUGGAAAUUGUUGGAUAUUUUAGUGGACGAAGCCUCUAACAGAUGGACGGGGGUCCGGAGGCAGCGCCCCCGGGUAGCAGGGUCCAAGGGGCAGAGCCCCUGGCUGGGGUUGAAAUUUUUUAUUUCCAACGA